UUCCUCUUUCGGCACAAAUCCACUAGAAAUGGAAAGCUACGUAGCCGGAUAACUUUUGUGUUGUUUUAUUUAUUGAAUAAACCCACUUGAUGUCGAAGAUAUGGAAUCUAAAAUAAAAUAGUAGUGCACAACUUAUUUACAUUACUGCAGGGCUCCAUCACGUAGAAGCGGCCACCACCGAAAUGACCAACCUGAACUGGAAACCGUUCAUCUACGGAGGGAUGGCCUCUAUUGUCGCAGAAUUCGGUACAUUCCCCAUAGAUCUGACUAAGACGCGGCUGCAGGUGCAGGGCCAGUCCCAGUACAUGGAGGUGCGCUACCGGGGCAUGUUCCACGCCCUGUUCAAGAUCGGCAAGGAGGAGGGCAUCAAGGCACUGUACUCUGGCAUCUCCCCAGCUCUCCUGAGGCAAGCCUCCUACGGGACCAUCAAGAUUGGGACAUACAACACACUGAAGAGGUUAUUUGUGACCCAUCCGGAAGAUGAGACCAUGGUGAUCAAUGUGUUCUGUGGAGUGGUGUCUGGAGUCUUGUCCUCCUCUCUGGCCAACCCCACUGAUGUCGUCAAGAUCCGCAUGCAGGCCCAGGGCAGUCUGUUACAAGGCAGCAUGAUGUCCAACUUCAUUAGCAUCUACCAGACGGAGGGAACCCGUGGCCUGUGGAGGGGCGUCAUCCCUACAGCUCAGCGGGCAGCCAUCGUAGUGGGAGUGGAGCUUCCUGUCUAUGACAUCACUAAGAAGCACCUCAUCAAGUCUGGCACCAUGGGAGACACCAUACUCACACACUUUAUUUCCAGUUUUAUGUGUGGCCUGGCGGGGGCGCUAGCCUCCAACCCAGUGGACGUAGUGCGGACACGUAUGAUGAACCAGCGAGUGUUGUCAGGGAACCCCAUGUAUAAAGGCACGCUGGACGGAGUAAUGCAGACAUGGAAGAACGAGGGAUUCUUUGCCCUGUACAAGGGCUUCUGGCCCAACUGGCUGCGGCUGGGGCCAUGGAACAUCAUUUUCUUCAUCACAUUCGAGCAGCUGAAGAAACUCAACUUGUAGUUGGACAGGAAGUGGACACCCCGUCGGACUAGAUGCAGGGAUGGGCAACUCCAGUCCUCGGGGGCCGGAGUGUUCUCCCACUUUUUCCCCAUCCCAAGCAAACACAACUGAUUAAGGCCAGGCACCAUACCCUAUUGGGGAUUGUUUUUAAUUUUAUCUUAAUCAUAUAACAAUCUACUUUUCCUAGUUGAAUGUAGACAAAGUUUUGUAUAAAUGUUUGAAAUAUUAAGAUAUGCAAAUUAGGUAAUACGUAUACAUAUUUGCAUACCAUACAAAUUAAUUUUUUAUAGAUGCUGGAUGAAUUCUGCCUAAAUGUUUGUUUCAGUUUAAGACACUCCAGGACCUGAAUUGUCCAGAGCAGAUUCUGGAUAAACUUUUUAUCUUUAAAAGACUUGUAUAUUUAAAAAAUUCAUUUUUUUGUGCAAUUUUCCAAAUGUUAUCUAGAAUUUUAAAAAGUUCCAUCAACAAUUCCCCCUGGGCAAGUCUGGAGAAUAUAUCUAAGGAUAACUACACACAAUUCGAAUGCAGAUGCUUCUGAAGCUGAGAAAAAUAAGUUGGCGGUGGGAAGAGUCUGACUUUUUGGAAAUGGCAGGUAAAGACAAGUACACAGAAUUAAGAAUACCAAAAGCCUAUUCAGACCAAAUCACCAUCUCUUCAAAGUAAGUUAUUAAAUGUAGUCCAGUUUGUAACAUUCUAUGAAAUGAGCUUCGAAAUUGUGUAAUUCAGUGAACUUUAAAAUGAUUGAUGUAUGUCCAAUUUUAAAGUGGUUAAAAUUCAUAAUGUUGAUGACGGUAGUAUGAUCAACUAAAGAAAAUAUACAUUUAUCAAGUUCGACAUUUUUAAGUUUACUUCUUGAAAAUACUAAAAUUAAUGAACCAAAAUGCCAACAAACCUCAAAAUUGAUAGGUAGAUGCAAAAAUGCCACUUCGGCCUGUGGUGCCUGGCCUUAAACUGAAGAUCAUGAUUAGUUGAUUAUUGGAGUCCGGUGUGUUAGCUUGGGCUAAAGUGUGACAACAAUCAGGCCCCGAGGACUGGAGUUGCCCAUUACUGGUCAAUAGUGUGUUGGAGAGCGGGAAACCCCACAACACCCCAGCCCACGUGUCAAACUCAUUCCACGGAGGUCUGAGUGUCCAGGUUUUCACUCCUCCCUUGUACUUGAUUGAUGAAUUAAGGUCACUAAUUAGUAAAGAACUCCUCUCACCUUGUUGUCAAGGUCUUAAUUGAAAGGAAAAAACAAAAACCACUAGGCCAGGGUUAUUCAACUCUUACUCUACGAGCAUGCUGGUUUUCUGUUCUACCUGAUAAUUAAUUGCACACACCUGGUAUCUCAGGUCUAAAUCAGUCCCUGAUUAGAGGGGAACUAUGAAAAAUGCAGUGGAACUGGCUUUGAGGUCUAGACUUGAGUUUGAAAACACUAGGCCCUGCAUGGAAUGAGUUUGACGCCUCAGCCCUUCGUCCUUGUUACAUUCACAAUCCCUCCCUCUGUCACACAAUCUAUAUGUCUGUGCAUGCUCAUCUAAGUGUUAUUUUAGUUUUAUUUGAACUUUUAAUGAUAUUGAUAGUAUAAAAAAAAUCAUUUAAAGUUAUUAGUUGUAUUAUGUUUUUUUAAAACACUUCUUCAUACCCCUCAACCACCCUUGAGGCCUCUCCUGGCAGCUAAACCUUAGGUUGUAGCUGAGGACGGAAGCCUGUUUGGGCCAUAAGGUAUUAGCUAGGUAGGUUGCCUGCCAGCUUGCUACCUUUUUAGUGAGGAGGAGGACUAUCCUGGGUGGAACGGGAACUGGAGAUCUACUUGAGCUUAUUUAGAGAGAUGUGGAAUGGGCCUCUGUUUGUGUCUGACCUAGUUUUUAACCGCAUCUCUGCACUUCAUGGGACAUGCAGGAAAAAGACAAAGGUUUUAUGUAAUUUCAGCCAGAAAGUAGCGCUCACGAGCCAAAACUGGUUCUGAAAAUUGUGCACAGUUGUGUACGUCAACUAUUUUGUAUAUGUUCCUUCCUGAAAUUAAAAAAAAAAAAAGUC